CGUGCACAUAUCCACGGCUGGACUAUCAGAGGAGGCUGGCAGACCUUUUCCCACUCAGUUCAUGGACUUUGCGCCCUGGGACCUUGACAAACCUGAGAGCGUCUGGCGACGUUAAGAGAGACCACGUUUAUAAAAGCCGUGCGUAAAAAUAACAUUGGCCAAGGCAGCCCUCAUUGCCGGGCGCAUGACAUUUAAAACUUGGUGAAGUAGUCUUUUGUGCGCCCUUCUCUCUCUCGGGACGCUCCGGAUCUAUUCUGUCUCUUUAGAAAACACUUUAUCCCAUGCAGCUCUCGCCUCGGCCGCUGUCAUCCAGUGUGGACAGGUCGUCGUGGCUUUGAGUCCCCGGGGUAACCAUGACAACCGAGAGACCCCCAAAGUGAAUCCAAGGAGCGGAGUGAGGCAGGAGAGCGCGUGAAUAGGCUCGAGAUUUCCCCAUUAAGUUUGCUGCUGUUUUUUUUUUUUCUUUUCUUUUUUUUUGGAGACUUUCCGUAAAGCAGGGGUGCCGCUUCACGUUGCACAAGUUGCAUCAGCGGACAAACUGCAAAGUUGAAGGAGCCCUAAAAAGCAAAGCACCCCGCUAAUGUCAUUCAAACCCGACGUGGUCUAUUAAAAGUAUCGCCUUGCCGGUGACUGAACUUCUACUAUAUUUAUGAAGCCCCGGGCAAGUCGCUGCAGACAACACGGUAACCGGGAAAAGAAGUGACUGUUAUCCACACGAGAAGAGCCGGUGCGCAGUCCAGAGGGAAUAAUGGGCCUCUCGCAAACACUGCUCGUUUACGUGCUGCUGUGCGUCCACCUUGGAGUUUCCCAGCAUUACCUUCGCCUCCGUCCAUCACCCAGCGAGCACCUCCCCGUGCCCGACCUGAAGGAGGACCCCGACCCGGAGUACGACCCUCGCGAGCAGGACCUGGUGGAGAGGACUCUGAGGAAAAAGCUCGGCAGCAACUUUGACCCCAACUUCAUGUCCAUCAGCUCGCCCAUGCCGGUCAACCAGUCGGCGCCGGACAACCAGGUGAAGCUGCCGGGGCCCAUGCCCAACGAGAUUAAAAAGCUGGACCUCACGGAGACCCCCUACGGGAAGCGGGUCAAGGUGGGCAAGAAAGCCCGCAGGAAAUUUCUGCAGUGGCUGUGGACCUACACGCACUGCCCGGUGGUGUACACCUGGAAGGACCUGGGCGUGAGGUUCUGGCCACGUUACAUCAAGGAGGGAAACUGUUUCUCCGAGCGCUCGUGCUCCUUCCCAGAGGGGAUGUCUUGCAAACCCGUCAAGUCAAUCAACAAGAUUUUCCUCCGGUGGUAUUGUCAAGGCUUUCUAAGACAGAAAUACUGUACGUGGAUACCGGUGCAAUACCCAAUCAUCUCAGAGUGCAAGUGUUCGUGCUGAUUUUUCUUUUUUCUUUUUUUUUUUCUAAGGAAGUAGUGGUGGUCGACAGGGGAGUGGACUGGAAAUACGGUUUCUAUUGCACUGUUAACUCUCUACAGAGGUGGGCACCAUAGCAAAUCUAUUUUUUUAUAUAGCAUUUUAAGUGAAAUACCAACAUUGUACAUAUUUAAGAAAAUGCAGCUAUUUUUUCUAAUUGAACCAGGACCAUAUUUUAUUCUCAUCCCUGAAACGUUGUUUUUGGGGGAACAGGAGCACUUCAUAACGAAGAGCUUUUUUUCUUUUUGAUAUUUUUUAUGAGACAUUGAAGAUGGAAUGCAUAUGCUACACUUCUCCAAGAGGUGAACUUUUUUUCAACUGAACAUUGAUGCUGACUGUUAUUUCACUGCAAUGCUGCCUAGAGUUUUUGUAUAUUAUUAAUAUCAAUAAUAAUUAAAUUGUAAAAAAAAAGUUGAGGUUAAAGAUAUAUAUAAAGGCGUGAACUCAGCUUUUUUUGGAAUACAUAGUAUUGUAGGAAUAAACAAAUCUGUACGUUUUAUUUAUUAUUUUAACGAUUUGUGAGUAUAGAGCAUAAGGAAAGAGAAUAGCAGAGUAUACCAGAAAAAAAUAUGGGAGAUGUCUACUUGAAUAUUUUUAAAAAUGACAAAAAAAUAAAUAAAUAAAUGAAAAAGUAAAACAUAUCAGUGUACAUGUUAUGGCUACACGUUUUAGCAAUAAAGUCUAUCUUUUCAACAUGUAUUAGUGUCAAGCCAUGUUGCUUACGAGUGUCUAUA